AUGUUUAGAAUUGAACUUCUUAUUUGCCAAAUGUUGGCAUUCAUUCUUGUGAUGUCCUGAAUUUAGUUCACAAGUGAUUCAAUUGUUGGACGAAUCAAACAUAACAAUAAACGAUAUUAAGAUUAACAAAAAGAUAUUUCGUCAACAAUUUUCACGAAAUAUAAUGUUUAAUGGCAUACAAAACAUCUUAAGACUGAUUGGCAUUCAAUGUGAUCGCAAAAGUCUUGUUAAAAGUGUUGCUUUAGUUUGUAUGAAUCCAUCACUUGUUAACCUUAUUUGUUACGAUAAUGGUAUUGUCUUUACUUUUGGUUUCGCUUUUUGUCCUCAAUUAUCGUCUUUGAGUCACUCAUGUCUGCCAAAUUCAGCCGUCGUUAACAAUGGACUUUCGAUUGAAUUGAGGGCUUUGAAAGACAUUGAUGUCGGAGAAGAAAUAACAGUAAGUUAUAUAAGUCUUGAGCGAAAUAAACCGAUGCGACACUUCAUUUUGGACAMAAAAUUUGGUUUCAAUGGCUGUAAAUGUCCAAAAUGUGAACAACAUUUGGACAUAAAUAUCAAUUACUCAAUAAUUGAUGAAAUCAUUAUAGAAGAAGUUAGAGACACUGUUUCACGUUUGAAGUCGAGAUCUCCUAUAAAGAUAUUGUCUGAUCGUCUCAUUUCUCUCUAUUCUCGCAUUUAUGGCAAUUAUCAUCCAUUGCUAACUUUAUCUCUUUUGGAUCACAUAAUAUAUAUACAUUUUUGGGCUAAAAUUUAUGAAAUACCUAAUAGUAGACUAAUGCCAUUGAUUAUGGAUUAUCACCAAAUGAUAAUAGUGUGA